UGCCACAGAGCGCAUGGUGUUCCCGCAUCGUCCAGAUUUGGUUUCGUUCGCGGCAAGGCGUGCGAGCCCAGCAUCUGCCGGUCCUCCGUCAGCUUAGGGAUUCUAAAAUCGGGUGCCUCGACCCUGCCCCAAGAGCGCACUGCAGACACGCACGGUACUUGCCUUCAAACUCCAACGGCAUCAUGGUUGCUGCCAAUAUGCCGACGGUGGAGGUCAUCGAGCACCAUGUUAUCAGCCCGUAUCCGAGCCAACCGUAUUCCGGCCCCAGGCGGGAGAUUGUGCUCUUGAUCCUCGGCGAGACAGGAGUCGGAAAAUCGACCUUCAUCAACGCCCUGCCCAACUACUUGCUGUUCAAUAGCAUCGACGAGAUCCGAGAGGACCGGAUCAUCAACCUCAUCCCCACAAGUUUUUACGUUUUCGAGCCUGGGGCUCUGACCGACGGAAAGCUGAUCGAGUCGGGACAACUCUCGUUCCGAUCCAACGCUGCAGUCCACUUUGACUCAGAUUCCGCAUGGAAGAACGAAGUCCGGGGCCAGGGCCAGUCAUCGACUCAGUCCCCACACACCUACGUGCUCGACACCGAGCUCAGCAACGGAGAGCCUGUGACGGUCAAGUUCAUCGACACUCCUGGCAUGGGCGACACCCGAGGCGUCGAGCAGGACAAGAAAAACAUGGACAACAUCAUCCAGUACAUUGCCAACUACGAGAAAAUCCACGGCAUCCUCAUUCUCCUGAAGCCCAACCAGAGCCGCCUGACAACGUUCUUCCGAUUCUGUGUCAUGGAGCUGCUGCGGAGCUUGCACCGCGAGUGCGUCAAGAACAUGGUCUUCCUCUUCACCAACGCCCAGAGCACCAACUUCCGCCCUGGAGACACGAUGGACUCUCUCCUGCCGCUCAUUGAACAGAUUUCGAAAGAUUCCAGAGUCUCCAUCUUCCUCCGGAACGAAAACAUGUUUAUGAUCGACAAUGAAGCCUAUCGGUACCUGCUGGCGAAAAACAAGGUCAAAUUCGAGGAAGAGGAAGAGAGAAAGUUCCUCAUCUCAUGGGAAAUGUCCUCCAGCGCCUGUCGCAAGCUUCUCGACGUGGUUUCAAGUCUCACGCCUCAUGAAACCCAACAGACCACCACCCUGUAUCUGGUUCGAGACAAAGUCCUCGAGCUUUGCAAGCCUCUGGGCGACGUUGCCGCCAUGAUCGUGACAAAUCAGAGCAACAUUGAAAACAAAAUCAUGACCUUGCAGACUGCAGCCAAUUCCGUGAAAGAUCUCGACAAGAUUUUGAACAUCAAGGUGAACACCCCCGUCAAGCGCGAGAUCGAUCGCCCCACGACCGUGUGCACCAACCCAGGCUGCGUCCGAUAUAUUCAAGAUGAGUUUGGGAAUAACUUGACCCAUUACAUCACCCGAUGCCACAAGCCAUGCUAUCUAAAGAGGGUUCCCGUUCAAACGAUCGGCGACCCUCAACUCGCGCUCUGCGCGCAAAUGCAAAACGAUCACUGUGUCCGCUGCACCCAUAGCUUUCGAGAGCACAUGCACAUCAAAUGGGAGCUCGUGUUUCAAAAAAAGUCCGUCAUCGACCCCAAUAUCAAGGAUCAAAUCGCUCAACAAAAGGACCGCCAGUCAAAGGUCCAGGCAACCAUCAAGGAGCUGAAGAGUUAUCAGAAGCAGCUGGUGAAAGAGCAGAAGCGUAUCAUGAAAAUCAGCGCCAAAUUCUCUGCGUUUGUCAAGAAUAACGGCAUCGUUCUCUACAACGAUGCCAUGCUGGACUAUCUCGACCAUCUGAUCAAAGACGCUCGAGAAUCCUUCGGUGGUGAUGUCGGAGCCCGAGAGGAGAAGAUCAAAGGGCUGGAAGAGCUCAAGGCUAUCUAUGUCACUGAGCGAAAGGUGCUCUCAGAAGGCAUUCGGAUGAAGAUGUUUUUCGCUCCAAGUGUGAACGACAUCAAAAAGCUGAUGGAUGAGCUCGUGAACAUGGAGUUCUCGGGCCAGUUCUUCAAGAGCUUUGACCUGCCCACGGACUACACCGAGGAGAAUGGAAUAGGCUCACAAGAGCGCACCGUCAAACCACAGCCACUGAACGACGGUUCGUUGGUUGGUGCUGCUGGCACUGCCCAGGCGCAGCUGCCCACCCCGGCAAUAAGACCUCCGGCGCCAUACACCCCUAUUUACGAUAAACCCAGGGUCGGUGUCAAAGAAUUCUUCUCCAAGUUCAAGUUUUCACGCUCCUAGACAGAGCCUCGUACUCUUCGGCUCUCCCAAGUUCCUUCUCUCACGGCUUGGCG